CGCUAUAGCGAGCGCGAGCGCUGAACCUCGUAGCGAACGAGCGGCGUAUAACUUUCACUGCCCGCUGCGAAGGCUGGCUCUCGAGGUGUGCACGAGGAGGCAGAGACUUGGCGCGCGCGCGCCUUCGAAUCAUUCGCAGUCAUUCUACAGCAUCGAAAGGCCGCUGCUCGUGAGGCCCGUCACAACAACAACGAACGUACACACUAUUCCGGAUCAAGUUUUCUGAUCAAGCACUUUUCUGAAGAGGUCUUCGCAAAGUAUACACUCAUACACGCCGAGAGCAGUUGCAGCAGUCGGGAGGUACGUAAGGUGAGCGGCACCGGGCGACGUAUAGGAAGCCGGCUUCGAAGAAAGUGGAAGUGGGAAAGAGAGUGAGAGUGAGCCUGAGCCGGUCUGGUGCACGCAAGAACAGCAGCAGACUCGCGUAUCGUCGCGGCAGAUCCGGAAGGAACAGCCACUCGAGUGCGCGCUGCAACGCCGCUGUGCGAAUCCUUUCUUCGUCAUUGUCACGAGUCAAACACAUCGGCACGGCCACAAUCAUGAUAGACACCGGAACAGUACGUUUAGUGAUACUGUUUGGUAUGUUCCUGUAUUUCGCCGGUGACUACAACACGGUGAUACAGUCGAUUUGGGGCAACAAUGGCGAAGAUGCAAAUCAAACGGACUCCGAACUAAAAAGGCUACCAGAGGGACCGCCCAAGGAUGGACUGCACCUGGAAAGGAUGGUCUUCGCUGCAGCGAAAAAAACCAUGGAUGAAGAGGACAAUGCUAUCACGAGACGCGCCAAGAUGAUGACGACAAUCAAGACAGCCUGUUUGCCGAAACUCAUUUGCGAGUUGACGUCUAUCGCGCACCAAGACCAGCUGAGCGAAAUGGAACGGUCGCUACUGAACUUAAUCAGAGACACGAGUCUAAGCACUAUGGCGGAGGUAGCCUCGAGAUACCACUUUGCAGCGCACAUGGGUCAAUUAAUAUCGGGUAUUGAGGGACAGGGUUGUCACAACUUCUACCCAACCUGCCCGUUACCUGGUACUAGUGUCCUCAACAUGAUGAAGAAGAUACGACUACGUUGAAGAGAAUACAAAAGACUGUUGGCUCUAAUUUCUGAGAAGUGGUUUUGCAUAUUUUUAAGGGAUGAUUGAUUGUGAAGCUUCAAGACUAGCAACAAGAAAAUGUUAGCAAAAAAAGCGUAAGGCUUUGUAAACUGUUGACGUGAUUUGGUACUUAGGACUAUGUUUAUAAGCAUCUGUGAUAUACCCUUCUGAAUACUUGCGAAUUGUUUUUGCGAUCAAAAACAUAUACUAAGAAUUUUCUACGUAAAUCACUCCAAGUGAACGUUAUAUAGUAUGUAAUAAUUAGGUUAAUAAUCUUGUACAUAUUUUGAAUGAUCACAAAAUGUUUGAGAAACAGUAAUAUAGUGGCGAUAUUAUAACUAUUUCGAUCCUAGUCGAAAUUUAUAAUAUUUGUAAGUGCUUUACAUUUAAGAAUUUUACUAUAUGAGCGAUCUAGAAUUACAUAAAUCACUAAAGUUUUAUAAAACUUUACUCUAUAAGAUAAAAUAACCUGUAAUUAUAAAAAAGUCAUUUCCAAAAUUUGUUUGUAAUAAUUGUGGCUUUCAUCUAGAUCAACAAACAAUAGCUAUUUAAUAAAAUUAUUUAGAAAAAAAUUCAAUAACUUUGUACAAAAUUAUAUUAGAAAAAAUCUGUCACGCUAUAGUGGAACGAAGCAACUAACCGAUGUUGACCGAUCAACUGCUUAUAGUAAAAUAAAGUAGUCUUUUACUGACCUGUCUAUUAUGAAA